ACACACACACACUCAUGCCUCAUCACAACUUCAACAAACACGAACUCUACUUCUACUCAAACUCUCUCUUUUUAUGCCACCUCUAGCUUUAGGCUGAACCCUUUUCUUCAUUUUGUCUACAAGCUUAAAAGCUUGAGAAAAUGAGCAAUCUUGAUUCUCAAAGACAAGAGUCUUUGAAAAUGAGGUGGCAAGAGAGGAGACUCAAGGCAAUAGAAGAAAACCAAAAGAUUAAUCCCACGGCCUCUCCCAACUUCUAUACCAGACUACUUGGUGGUGGUGCAAAUCCAUCACCAUUAAGGGCAAACCCUAAAAACAAUAUCCAAAUGUUUCCUGGUGGUUUUGAUGAUGAUCUUGUUUCGGCAUUGGUGCCACCACUGACUGUUGUUCUUGAAGGCCGUUCCAUUUGCCAUCGGAUUAGCCUUGACAAGCACACAAGCUACCAAAGCUUAGCUAGGGCCCUGAGACAAAUGUUUGUUGAUGGGGAUGCUACUGGAGUCCCAUCAGAUGGUGAACUUGAUCUUUCCAAUGCGAUUCCUGGUCAUCUCAUUGCUUAUGAAGACAUGGAAAAUGAUCUACUUCUUGUUGGUGACCUCAACUGGAGUGACUUCGUUAGGGUGGCAAAAAGGAUCAGAAUACUGCCAAUAAAAGCAAAUUCAAGAAAGGGAAAGGUAGAGAACUAGCCAUUGCGGGUUUUGAGAAUUUUGCUUAUGUUUUGGGUGUUAAAAUCAUUUUGAUUUUGCAACGCACCAAAAAAAAAAAAAACAAUUUCUCUAUGCUUCUACCGACUCUGGUAACGUGGAGUGAGGAUGAAACGCUGUUGUGGUCAAAUAUAGUACUGCGUGUUCCUCAAAAUUAACUGAAAGACAUAGUACUAUGUACUUUUUCUGCUGUCAAGUCCAUGAAUAAGAUGAUCUUUGCCCUAAACUUAGCU